AUGGGCUUGGGGCUGGGAGAGAACCCCGGCUCCUUCCCGCAGUGCCUGCCCUGCGGCCCCGGCAACACAGGGAGCUGCUUCGGGCCCGGCAUCUGCUGCGGGCCGGAGCUGGGCUGCUACCUGGGCACGGCGGAGGCGCGGCGCUGCGCCGAGGAGGAUGCGCUGCCCUCGCCCUGCCAGGCUGGGGGGGAACCCUGCGGCUCCGGGGGCCGCUGCGCCGCCAACGGCAUCUGCUGCACCGCCGAGUCGUGCUCCACGGACAGCAGCUGCCUGGACGAGGGCAGCGAGGGCGCUCGGGAGGCGGCGGACGAGAAGAGCCUGGCGGUGCUGGACGGCUCUGCCGGAGACCUGCUCCUCAAGCUCAUGCACUUGGCAAAUCGGCAGCAGCAGGGCAAGCACCCCCUGCUCUGAGCCCCCCCAGGCCUGACGCACCCCCCCAGCUCGGCUCUGUACAUACGACCCCCAAUAAAAGUCCUCGUGCACUGUGCUCGCCCUGGGCGCUGGGGGUGGCUGGUGGGGGCUCUGGGAUGGGGUGUUGGAGGGUCUUCUGUCCCCAGAUCCCCGCAGAGUGCUCUCGGGUUGGCUGGGCUGGGUGCAGGAUUUGGUCCCGUCCUUGUAGCUGCCAGGGGAAGGAGCUCAGGCGGAGCUGGAAUUUGGGAUCUGGCCAUGGAGUGCCACCCAGCAGCCUGGGCACAGCUGGGAUGUGCCACCCUCCUGUCACCGCGCGGCCAAGCCC